UAAAAAAUUCAGUGUUCCUUUAAAACUUUCAAUUUCAAAAAUUUGGUAAAAAAAAGACUCCGUAUGAUGUAUUAGAUGUCCUUUGAAAUUAAUUACUACCUCUGUUUCAUAUUUUUUACAGCGUUGGAAUAUUUUAUACUACCUUCGUAUACAAUAUUUACAAAUAAUACCCAAAAAAUUAAAGAAAAAAGUUGUUUAGUAGUGGGAAUCAAAAACCGUUAUAGAAUUGAACCUUCAAUAUUUAUAUUGUGGGCCCCACCAUCCGGUAACCGGUAAGUCUUUUCCACCGUCCAUCCGCCAAGUUUCACCACUCGUUGCCCCCUCCACUUCCCAAAGACCCAAAACGAGCAACAUCUUAAAGGGUAAAACAGUAAAUUCAGCCUCUUACCCAAACCAAACCCUUAUAAAAAGGAAAAAAAAAAAGACUUUUAAUUUUAAGGUCCAUUGAAACACAACAAGUCACGUGACAUAAUACACGUGACACUCACACAUUCCUCCCUCUCACAGUCCACGUCAUCAAAAGUGGGACCCAAUUCCCUUCCCCUUUGGCGCGCUUGCAAUUUCAUCCUACGUGUCACCCUGGUAAAUAAACCAACAUUCCAAGGGCAAAACAGUAAAAACAGUUCGAACUAGAGAAACACUAAAACAACUUUCAGUUCAUAACAGAAAGAGGCAGCAAACAGCAACACACAACAAAAAAAUUAAACUAAACUCAACUGAAGAACAACAAACAUCAACAAACAAACCCAGAAAAUACGGAAUAACCUAUGCAUUUAUCCUACAAUUAAUCAAACUACACUUCAAUGGAUGAAACUCAGAAAAUGACGGCGUUGAAGAAGGCUUAUGCGGAGAUAAUACUGAAUACGGCGAAGGAAGCGGCGGCAAGGAUAAUGGCGUCGGAGAGAAAAUCACAACAAUUUCAUCACGAUCUUAAUUGUACUAAAGAGGAAGCUCUUCGUCUUUUACUCCGUCAAAAACAAACUAUGGAUGCUAAAAUAAAUGAAGUGGAGAUGAAAUCCUUAAACCAACAAAGAAGAAUAGAAGAGCUAGAAGCUCAGCUCCAAGAAGCUGAGGAUAUAGUGAGUAACCUGAGAGUAGAGCUGAAUGAGGCGCAUAUGAAGUUGGAGGAAGUAGCAAAUAACCAAACAAAGAAUUCACCAGAUACGACUGAAAGGGAUGAUCACUGUGAAGAAGGAACCGAACAGCCUGAGAAUGGGCUAUCUGAAGCUGUCUCAGUUGCGCAAACUAUUUCCUUGGACAUAUCAGCAAAUGGGCAUUAUGUUUCAGAAAAUUCUUUAGCGGAGUUUGGUUAUUCUGGUGAUCCAGUUGUUCCUUCAAUAAUUAUGAGAAGCAAAAAACCUGAGCUAUAUAGAAACGGCUGCACACAAAGGAUACGUGCGUAUGAAGGGAGUCUUAUAAAUGGCCAUUUUUCUCUGUCUGGAGAGUCGGAUGAUUUGAAAAAUGAGAAAGCUAUAAGCGAAGAUAAAGAAAGUGAAGGGAUGUACAUGGCUCCUGUAGUUGCUGAUACUACAUUUUCUUCAGGGAAGAAACCGUUUGACAAUCAAGAAGUAAAACAUGUGGACAAAGGUAGUAGCUUUGGACAUGAAUUAAAAUCACGUUGUCGUGGAAGAAAAAGAGCUGUUAGACACAGAAAAAGAAAUGCUUCCACACCUAACACUAUUCCUCAUUUGGCCAAUGAAACCCUUACCAAUCUUUCAAAAUCUCAACCUUGCUUAACUAGUUUUCUUGACAUGCAUGAUUCUAGUGAUGAACAUAAGGAAACACUCCACACUCACCAUCAAUAUUGCAAUCAAGUGUUUCCGAGAUGGGAGUAUUAUCAGAACAUGUAG